AUGCAGCCAACAGCCCACUACAACAACUACGCCACUAAGGGCUUCUCAACGUACAAUGACGCUGCCGCAAAACAAACUUAUCAGGACUACGCGCGCUCUACAUCCGCAUACCCUUCUGCCAACCCAUUUUUCGCUGCCGUCGCUGCAGCCGCCGCCGCUGGCUACUCACAGCAAUUUUCAUCGGGUGCUUCGAAUCCUCUCAACCUCUCCAACAUGAUUGGCUCCGGCACUACCGACGCCGCCUCCUACGCCAGUCGCUGUCAGGCGGUUUACCAGGCUGCCUAUCAAAACCAGUACUACAGCGACUAUCAUCAACAGCAUGCUAGCACAGCUAACCAGCAACGCCACCUGUCUGCCUUUCAUCCUGCCUCUGGUUGUGCAAAUCAACCGCAGCAACCAUCUCAGUAUCACCAACUUUCCGUUGCGACACAAAAUCCCACAUCACCUUCACGCCAACUGACAGCACAGUCGUCGGGGGCGGUGCCGUUGCGCAAGUCAAAGAAACGCCCUCCCUCAGAAAUGCUCAAAUCUGCUGCCAGUGAUGCUAAGAAAAAGGAAGAUUUCGAGAAACUGGUGAAAGCAAGGACGGAUAAGCUGCUCUCUGAUGGUCCCCUAUUUGCCCCCCUUACUGUUGCCGAUGGCAACGGCACAGCUGCCGGCGGUGGAAACGCCUCGUCGACAUCUUCUUGCAGUUCCAUGCCGAACAGUGCUGACAGCGUCCCAGCGGCUGUUGUCAUCGCCUCCGCCAACGCCCGCCUCCUUCGAACCAUCGUCAACGAGAAGACCCGCCUUCUCCUCCAGUCUCCGGCCGUGCGUGAGACCCUGCGCUCGCGUCAACUGCUCCUAGAGAAUUAUAAACGACGCACGGAGCUGUUCGCCGUCCAAAUGAAUUCGACACGCAAUUGA